CAUUGGAAUUGGAAAUCCUCAUUUCUUCCUCCCAACCCAAUUAUUUUCUUGUUAGUCAUGAGUCAUAUUAACGAAAAGCCUUUUUCCUCUUCCAAUUGUAUGCUCUUGAAACCCGAAAAGAUGGGUUUCUUUCAACUCUUUAUGGUCUUGUUUGGAAGAGACUUAAAUAAAAAAGACUUUGUGCACUGCCUUGAUCCCAUUAUCGAGCCAAGGUUCUACCAUAAGUGGCUUAUAUUUGUAUCGCUCUUAGUACAAAAGGUUCUGAACUCGUGUGCUCGUAUAUUAAAAUGUAUUGGGGAUAUUUUUGAGUCAAUUUUGAACCCACAAGCUUCCUCCAACAAAAAUUUCUUCAUUAUUGUAUUUAACUGUAUCCGAGGUAAGCAGAUACUGGAUAAAAAUUCUGAAUAUUACAAGUCUAUAGUUGGUCAUUUGGACAAUCGACUGGAAUUGUUAGACAAUAGCAUCAAGCGUGACGACCCAACCAAGUACAAUGCUGCUUUGUCUAUGAUGGCUUCUAAAGUAUCGUACGAGAAUCAAGCUUACGUUCAUGCUGUUGUCGUAAAUCGCUGGACGAUGGAGCUUAUUGAAUGUCGUGACUACUGGAAUGAUCAUCAAGAAAAAGCUACAACUCAGGCUUUCAUCAUGCUAGACAAAAGUGAAGACCAAGAUACCUAUGUUGUGGCUUUCAGAGGAACCGAACCCUUUGAUGCUGAUGCAUGGUCCACCGAUGUAGACAUCUCAUGGUUUGAGAUUCCUGGUGUAGGAAGAACCCAUGCUGGCUUCAUGAAAGCCCUAGGGUUACUGUUAGACUUCAAUAAAGAAGAGUUGAGAUGGCCUAAGGAAAUCGAAACCAAUGAGAACCGUCCACGUGCCUAUUACUCCAUAAGGAAUUUACUAAGGAAGCAUCUGAAUGGAAAUGAUAGAGCAAAGUUUAUUGUGACGGGUCAUAGUCUUGGUGGAGCUCUUGCAAUUCUCUUUACCGCAAUGCUAAUGAUGCAUGAUGAGAGACUUCUUUUGGAAAGACUUGAAGGGGUGUACACAUUUGGACAACCUAGGGUUGGAGAUGAAAAUUUUGCCAAUUACAUGGAAAAAAAUUUGAAAUAUUAUGGCAUUAAGUAUUUCAGGUUUGUUUACUGCAAUGAUAUUGUUCCAAGGUUGCCCUUCGAUGAUGAUAUCAUGAAAUUUGAGCAUUUUGGAACCUGUCUUUAUUAUGACAGAUUCUAUAGAGGCAAGAAAGUGAAAGAAGAGCCGAAUAAGAACUACUUCUCGUGGCCAUGGAAAGGUAUGAUGAUACAGAAGAAGGUGAAUGCUUUCCGGGAACUUGUGAGGAGCUUCACUAUUGUGCAUAAACAUGGACCUGAGUAUCAAGAAGGAUGGCUUCUAAGAUUCAUUAGGGUUUUGGGCUUAUUAUUUCUUGCAGGAUUACCAGCUCAUUGCCCCCAGGAUUAUGUUAAUGUUACCCGGUUAGGGCUUCCCUCACAUUUGGAUUAAUCGGUACAUGCACUCAUCUACAUAUGAAGAAGACUAAAAGUCAUGAUUGAUUAGCAGAAUUGAGUUUCUAUCUUUUCAUUUAAUUCUCUUAUAAGAUUUGCCUUUGAUUACCGACUUUCAUAAUACUAUGUAAUAAAUAGCUCUUGUUAGGGCUUAUAUAUAUUGUGAAAUAAGAUACUACUUCCCUUGAAUGCAAAUUAUCUUUAUGCUUAUUCUUA